AUGGCCAGCAAUAUGAAGCCAAUGCACAAAAGCAAACACUUCCCGAUAGACCAGCUCGUGUGUGUUGGCAAUUACGAGCUGGAGAAAACGAUUGGCACGGGGAAUUUCGCUGUUGUAAAACUCGCUACACACAUUAUUACUAAGACUAAGGUAGCAAUAAAAAUAAUAGACAAAUCGAGGUUAGAUGAGGACAACUUGAAGAAAACAUUCAGAGAAAUAGCCAUAAUGAAGAGACUACGACACCCACAUAUAGUAAGGUUAUAUCAGGUUAUGGAGAGCACUCAUACGAUAUACUUAGUCACAGAAUACGCGCCUAAUGGGGAAAUAUUUGACCACUUAGUAUCCCGGGGUCGUAUGACGGAGCCGGAGGCGGCGCGCGCCUUCGCCCAGAUGGUCGCCGCCGUGGGAUAUUGCCACGCUAACGGAGUCGUUCACAGAGACCUCAAAGCCGAGAACUUACUGCUGGAUAAGGAUAUGAAUAUUAAGUUAGCAGACUUCGGGUUCAGCAACGAGUACACAGCAGGGUCGCCCCUAGCGACGUGGUGCGGCAGUCCACCGUACGCGGCGCCCGAACUCUUCGAGGGGAGGCAGUAUGAUGGACCUAAAGCCGAUAUAUGGUCGCUGGGCGUGGUGCUGUACGUGCUGGUGUGCGGCGCGCUGCCCUUCGACGGCAGCACGCUGCACGAGCUGCGCAGCGUCGUGCUCAGCGGGAAGUUCCGGAUACCUUACUUCAUGUCGCAGGAAUGCGAGCACUUAAUCCGUCACAUGCUAGUAGUGGAACCGGAGCGUCGUCUGUCACUGCGCGCCGUCGCUAGACAUCGCUGGCUCGCUGCGCAUCGACAUGACCAUCAACCUGGACCUGGACCUGGGAUAUACGAAGAAAGUCUGGGCGCGUGUGCGUGCCACUCGGACGGCGCCAGUGUAGAGUCCCAGCACAGCGCGGCGCAGCGAGACACUGUACGCCGACAUAUGCUCACUCUGCCCGGACUCACGCAUCUACUUAUUGAACAGGCAAUACAAGAAGAUCGUUUCGACCACAUAUCAGCCAUCUACCACUUGUUAAUGGACAAACUACAACAGCGGUCCAGCGCUAGAAACAGCUUACAGCAUAGAGAUUCAUUGGAUUCAACGACUGGACAACCUUUGGAUCUCACUAGCUGUAAGAACGUAGAAGAAGAGCAGAUGGACGCAGAAGAAUCAACAGUGCAGGACUGUCUAGUGACAGUCCCGUGUGAACCAGUCGACUACUUGACUGACCAGCCUGAUAACUUGGAGAAAUUCGGUUCCACGACAGCCCCAGUAGUAGACGAGCCCCCAGCGCCCCCCGUACAGACGUCCCCCACGGAGACCCACGCCACUAGGAGGCACACAGUGGGCCCGGGGGACUGCCGACACACACAGGGUGGAGAGCUGGGUGUAUGCGGAGCAGCGUCAGCAGAUCUACGACCCUCGCCGUUAUAUGUGUCUGCGCAUUUCAAUCAACAAGCGUCCCCGAACGUGUCCCUGCUGCCCAAUACCAACCUGGCCGCCAAGCUGCCCGCCGUCCAGCACCAGCCGCCGCGCUACUUCAGCGUCAAGGACCAACACUUGCUCAAGCCGCCGCACGCCAUGCAGACGCAGGCGUCGACGUUCGGUCGCCGCGCGUCGGACGGGGGCGCGCACGUGGGCGGCCGCGACCGCGCCUGCUGCCACUCCGCGCCCGCGCACCACGUAUCAGACAGCGGGACCCCCGCCAGAGCCGAAGAUGCGGAGCAGUCUGAAGAACAAAAUACCGACUCAGCUUAUAACACUAAUUUAUGCAGAUACAUGAUGAACCGCGGCAGUAGUAAGCGUCACACGAUGGCGACGCCGGAGGACGCCGCCAACGUCGUCACUUCUAGCACUGGGUCUAUGCAAAGCACAUCACCGUCUUCUACGACAAGUAUACGAGUGAGAAGAACAGGUCUUUUGACCGUCACCGAAAGACCGCCGGUAAUUAGCCCAGAAUUAGUAAUGGAGGUCGAAGCUCGGAUGAAGAGGAACUAUUUGCCACCUUCAAUGCAAUAUCAGAACCAAAGCGGGUACCAAAGCCCCCCCACCCCCACGGGACCCAUGCCCAACCCCGUCCCCCAAUCCCCAACCCAAGGCUCUAUAACCGCAGGCACCCCAAAUUACUCCCAAAAUUCAGGAAACCAAAAAUCCAUGAAACCCGUCUUACAAACUAUUCCACAAGGCAGUAUAAUGGGCACUAAGGGGUCUAUUAUGUCUGGGACCCCCAUAAGCCAAGCUGUAUCCCCUUUCACCCCCACUAUGGGGCAAUUUAAUUCAAAUGUGACCCAAAAUGUGGGGUCUAUAACCAGUGGGACCCCAGUAAACCAAGGUUCGAUCAUGUCUGGGACCCCAACUUACGAUAACACAAAGAACUUUGGCAGCUUCAGCUCCAAUAGUUUUGGGAGUAUUCCUAGCUGUUCCUAUAAUACCCCUAAUGCGAAUAAUUUCGGUUCCAUUACGAGUGGGACCCCUAUUAACCCCAAUUUCCAAAAUACAUCUGGUUCCUAUCAACAGACCCCUAUGAGCCAAAAUGCGUUUUCUAACGCCCCUGUUAAAAAAGGGUCAAUAACUGAUGGGACGCCGAUAAACCAAAACCCAUUCCAAUCGGGUCCUAUGAGCCAAAACUAUCAAAAUACGAACCCUUGUUUCUCGAGCACGCCCAUCAAAAAGGGGUCUAUAACAGAUGGUACGCCAAUAACACCGUACCAAAACCAACCAGUCAUACAUGGCCGCAGAUCGUUCCAAAAUCCUCCUAUACAGGGGUCUUUUAUCGGUGGUCAGCAAGGGUCAUUCUCGAAUCCCGCGAUAAACCAGGCCGUUGACACGCCAAUGUACCAAAGCUCUUUUAAUUCAGAAUCUUUCAUACCGACGCCUAUGAAAAAGCGGUCUAUCACUGAAGGGACCCCUAUACAACAAGCGUUCUUUUCAAAUCAGGAUUCGUUCACUAGUAACACAUACCAAAACCCUCAAGUUCCUGUGACGCCAAUGAACCAAGGGUAUCAGACACCCCCGCAAAAUCAGGGGUCUCUAAUGAACCAAAGCUCCUACCCGAACCUAACAGUCAGUCCUUUAACAGGGACUAGUCAAAAUUACCCCACGCAAGGGGCGCAAAUGAGCCAAAAUUACCCUACCCCUAUGAACCAAGGGUCACAAAUGACCCCGAACUACCCAACUCCUAUGAACCAAGGGUCACAAAUGACCCCGAACUACCCAACUCCUAUGAACCAGGGGUCACAAAUGACCCCAAAUUACCCCACCCCGAUGAAUCAAGGGGGGCAAAAUUACCAAAAUGCCUCAGGUUCGAUUACCGCCGGUACCCCAAUCCCGGUAACCAGUAAUAAUUACAAUUCUGGACAAUAUAAUACCAAACAAAGGAAAUAUUCUGGACCCCAACGAGUUAAAUUACAAAUGUUGGCUACUGUGCAAGAAAUGGCUCGUGAGCACGCCGAGCGCUACUCCCAGUCCGUCGCGCUGAAUGUUCCCCGCCACGAGUCGCGCACGAUAUAG